UACAAUUCCCUCUAUUAACAGACAUGAAGGACUAUUCAACGGGUCUUGAAGAUCUCUUGGCAAGAAUUGUGCAAUAAAAUAGCAGCAACUGUGAUUUCAGGAGAUAAGUUAUGAUAAUAUUCAUGGAUUGAUUUUAAAGAUUAAAAGUAAAUAUUUUGGAUCAUAGGUCAGAAACAUUGAAGCAUGUGAAAAGGACUCUGUAAUAUUGGGUUUAGUAAUCUAGUCAUUCAUGAACUCUCAAUCAGGGACACUGAAAUAUUUAUGCAUUGGAUUUUUUGCUAUUAUUUAUAAACAUGUUACCACAUCUGCAACUUUAUGAAACUUGACAGGAUCCACAAUAUAUGUUAACUGUGAAAACAAAAGAUAAGAUCUUUAUUAUAUUUUUACAUGUAUAUGGUAUAUUAUAUCUGCAGCUUAUUCUACUGUUGACAGUAUUUAUUAAAGUGUCUUUAUUUAUUUGCUAUCUUUAUAUGCCAAUACAAAUUGUCAGUUGUAAAAACCAAAGAACUGAAUCUUUUUUGAAGUGGUUGCUGACCUUAGUUCAUGGAUUGUGAACUUCAAGGGAUAAAGGCAAUUAUGAAAAUGCUUAUUAUAAAGUCAAAUAAUAUGCAAGUCAGGUCAAAGGGUGCUUUGUGUGCGUGGCUAUGUAUUUUCACAUUGCUUCAGCAUACCAUGAAUGCAGAUGCUAUGGAAAAGCAUGUUAAACACCACAUUGAUACCAAGUAUCACAGUGCCAAGAUACAUAGUUGGGCAGUCAAAUUACAAGACAGUGAGCACUUUUACUACUAUUCUAGUCGGUGUGAACACAUCAAAAACAUUGCCAAUUCAGUAUCCAGAGCUAUUGCUGAUAGGUUAAAUGGUGGGUUGUUAUCUAAUUCUAAGAUUAGGGCUUCCGUUGUGUUUUAUCCAAUGGAAUAUUUACAACAUUUUGAUAUUUAUAUGUUGGAACUCAGGUUAAACAACAUUCCAGUCUCUAAUGUGAAGGAAACAGGUGCUUCUGAUGCAGAAACCAAGCCAAGUUUAGGAAAAGUAUCCAGGUCUCAAAAUGCCAAAGUCAGUCAAUUCGAUUCAAGUCAAAAGCCACUUAAAAAAGAGACUUUUUUGUACCCCAAAUCUGUGAUAAAAUUGACCAAACAUGAUAGUCAAGGUGUGUUUCCAGAAAGUAGCCAAAAAUCUUAUAUUGAAAACACUUUUCUGUUCUUACAUUCCAAGACAUUCAAGAAACAAACAAUGGAUAUGGAUUCUAAGUCUCACAAAUACCAGUUAAUUGGUGAUAAUAUAAGAACUGAAAACGAAGACAUUUUGAGCAAACCUGGAAGCAGAGAAGAUUUGUACUUGAAUUCUUCAACAUAUUUGAGAGAAGUUAUACAAACUGUUCACCAUAUAAUGGAUGUCUCUCCAGAAGUAUUAUGGUACAGUCAGCAGGUUAUUCGACCUAGAGUGAAACGCGGUUGGAACUUCAAGGACCCUGCCUAUCCCAGACAGUGGCAUCUGCACAAUGAGGUUAACCCCCAGAUGGACAUCAAUGUCCAGGAGGUGUGGUCCAGGAACAUCUCUGGACGAGGAGUGACAGUCGUGGUGGUUGAUGAUGGUCUAGAGUGGACAAACCCAGACAUUCAAGACAAUUACAGUCCUCAAGGAAGUUGGGAUCUGAAUUCUCAUGACAGUGAUCCUAUGCCUGCAAUUAAUAAAGAUAAAAAUCAUCAUGGCACACGCUGUGCAGGGGAGAUAGGGGCAGUUGCUAACUCCGUAUGUGCAGUGGGAGUGGCAUUUCAAGCCAAGGUUGCUGGUAUCAGAGUAUUGGAUGGUCCCAUGACAGACAGCUUAGAAGCAACAGCAUUCAACAAGAACAUGGAAGUCAAUGACAUCUACAGUUGCAGCUGGGGUCCAGAUGAUGAUGGCAAAACAGUAGAUGGCCCCCACAUCUUGGCACAAACUGCUAUGGAAAAAGGUGUCAACUUUGGUCGUCAAGGCUAUGGGAGUAUCUAUGUGGUUGCCAGUGGCAAUGGUGGUUUCCAUGGAGACAACUGCAACUUUGAUGGCUAUGCAAAUUCAGUUUAUACUGUUACUAUUGGGGCUGUUGAUGAAUUGGGGAACAUGCCUUAUUAUGCAGAAGAAUGUGCUUCUAUGUUAGCAGUCACUUUCAGCAGUGGAGGGCCUGGCUUGAGAAAUGUGGUGACAACAGAUUGGAUGGUGCGUGGAGGCACUGGUUGCACUGAUGAACAUUCCGGGACCUCAGCUGCUGCCCCACUGGCUGCUGGGAUGAUUGCGCUGAUGCUUCAGGCACGCAGCUGCUUGACAUGGAGAGAUGUGCAGCACAUUAUUGUAAUGACUGCUGUAAAGGUAGAUGAACAGGCCGGCCACUUCACCACCAACCAGGCAGGCCUCCACCACAGCCACAAACAUGGCUUUGGACUCCUGGACGCUUGGAGACUUGUCAACGCAGCAAAGGUGUGGGAUCCAGUGCCAUGGAUGUCAACAUAUUCAUCACAAGAGGUCACUGUACAUACUAAAAUACCAAGACAUCCCCAAGUUUUAGAACUGAAUAUGACAGUUUCAGAAGAAGUCCUAGCAGGAUAUAACCUAUUUCUACUUGAGCAUGUGCAGGUGACAGUGACCUUGAGUCACCCCCACAGAGGCAGUCUUGACAUUCAUGUGACAUGUCCUAGUGGGACUGAUUCUGUUAUAGCUACACCAAGACCUAAAGACAGUUCAUCAGAUGGUUUCCAAGGUUGGACAUUCAGCACAGUGAGAUGUUGGGGUGAGAACCCAGUAGGAAUUUGGAAACUGAAGGUCACAGAUAGAGGAAACCACAUCUUUCCAUUUGGCAUCUUUGAGAAAUGGCAGUUGGUAUUGUUUGGAUCUCAGAUGAACCGUGGAAAUUUUGAGGCAAGAAAGAGACUAAUAUCAGAUGCUGUGUCUGGGAGGUAUCUUUAUGACAACUUCACAAAGCCUUGUCCACCCCCUCCUGCCAACCAAGGUCCUGAAGCCAGCAUUCCACCCAAAACUCUUAAGAUUAUUUUGCUGAUAGGUGUGUUCUGCUUUCUGGUGGCACUAUAUGACACAUUUGAAUACAUGUUUUGUUACAAUGAUGAAAAGAAAGCUGCCUUGGUGCAGCCAGGGAGUGCAGGAUCCAUGGCAACCAGUGGUAGUCAUGUCAACAAUUCCCAUGUUAAUAACCCUGGCAACAGGGGUUCAGAAUAUGCAAGACUCCUCAGCAAUAUUGAGGAAAAUAUCCCCAUGGUAGAAAUGCCAAGAAAUAUACCUGACAGGACCUCAGCAGACCGUCAAAGUAGUUUCCAUGACAACAGUUCCUAUGACAGCACAAGAGAGGCAGAUAGUGGCCAAAACUCACACCAUAAUUUUAGUCAAUAUCAACACAAUUCAAAUGCAGACUCUUCUGUAUUGUAUGACAGUGAAGUGGAUGGAGAUUUAGGUUUGGGAUCCACAGGACAAAACACAAAGAGUGUAGGAGCAUUCAGUCAGGCUGCUAAUAUUGAGAGAAGUGGCAAAGAAACUGGAAUCCAAAAAUGGAAAAAGACAAUGUCAAAACUUAGCAUGGGGAAAUUUGAGGAAGUCUCUCUUCUAAGUAGUCCAGAUGGAGAUGUGUCUGAGUAAAAUUUCACACCAUCUAUCAUCUUAUAUAAGUUUGUGAGGAAGAAUAAUUCCUGCAGAUUUUCUCAGACCAGAGCAGUGACAUUGGAGCCUUUAGAAUGACAGAGCUGGAGAAAAAUAAGCUGUGAAUUUAAAUUGUCUCUUUAAUUUUCAAGACUAACAAGUAGUUUUAAAUAUGUUACCAUAGAUGUGUACUAAUAUCGGUCUGUGUUUCAUCAUUGUUCAAAUUACUAGUUUUUGGUGCAUUGUGUGUUUAAAGGUUCUUCCAUUGUUUUAUACUACUACUCAAGCUGCUAGAUAUAAUUAACAGUAGUCAAUUACCUCAUUGUAACUCAAUGGGGUGUACCAGACAAUUAAGCUGAUUACACUGAAAGCACUUUCAGGCCUACCCAACUACCAGACUCGGCACCGAAUG